AUGAGCAAGCGUGGGAGCAACAACAGCAAACAACGAAGGCGAGGAUCUUCACCAGUCUCCAAAACUACCCCUGAUCCUUUUGUCAAUGGCCAGAUUCCAGCGUGUCGAGAACUAUUGACGGCCAUUCAAGAUGUCUUUCCCGAAUUGCAUACUAGUAAAAAUGGUCAAGACAGUUCGGCCUUUGGGAAAUUGUUGCGAUGGCAUUAUCUGGAAAAGAGAAACGCCAAACAGAUGCCACCUCCACCCCCUCUUGCCUUGGCCGAUCGGAACGAGUCGGAAACCUCCGCCAACGCCAAGAAAAAGAAGAAGCGCAAGAAAAAGAAAAAAGGAGGUGCGGGCGAAAACAAUGGUGCUUCCAACCAACAACACCAAGAGGCACUGGAAGCAAUGGCCGAAACAAAUGCUGCCAGUAGCGACGACAAUAAAAGUAUUGACCCCUUUGAAGCAGUCAAUGGCAAGACUCAGAGUCGUCCUCAAAGUCGAAGAGGUUCCGGUGUCUCCCUCGACCCCUUUGAAGCUUUGAAUGGAAAGACACACAGCCAUCCUCAAAGUCGAAGAGGUUCCCUUGCCACUUCCAGUCGACGAGGUUCAUUGAACAAUGAUGACAAUCAUUUGCAUGACUCUGGUUACUUUUUUGAUCAAAUACAGCCACAAAACUCCACCCAAGAAUUGUUGUCACCAACCCAAUUCAUCAAACAGAUUCGACCCGAAACCAUGCCCGGUCUGCCAAGUUUGGACGAUGACGAUGAACCGAGUAGCAGUCAUCAUCAAGAAGAUGCUCUCUUUUCACCGACCCAAUUUCUCAAACAAAUGCCAAAAGAGACGUCGUCAUCGCCACUUCCUACCUUGGACAUUGAUUCGGCGGACGAGGAUGACAUCAACAAGGAAAGUACAACAACUGCGGCGGCUGCUGCAACAAAUAAGAAUGGAGACAAAUCCUCGCCAAGAACGCCACGAAAGUCUCCUGGUAGCAAUUCGGCUGCAGCACAAGGAACUCCUUCCCAAGCCGAGACGGACAAAUCUUCCACAUUGAAUUCACCCAACCACGAGUGGGUCCCAGAAGAAAAGAGUGAAUCGCAACAAGAGACUGCUCCCGGAGAUGCCAUUAAAGAUCCACUGACCUUGCCCUAUCUCAUGAUCUUUUCGGAAGGUUCCGGAACCAUUACCACCAAAACCAUUGACGGGAGUUUGGUGUCGGCAGCACUCCCCACAUAUCAAGAACCAUCUCGAAUGGAAACCACAAAGGUCUUGUUUCAAGAAUGGCUUGGUCAAUUGAACAAUGAUGAUUUGGUGGCGUCAGAGCCAGGCGUUGCUAACAGAGAUCCCAAAAAAGACUUGGCAUCCUUUGUCGACUUUUUGCAAGCACGGACUCAUGGACAACCCCAGCAAGUUGGAAUUCCCUUUGAACAACUACAAUCGGCUUGCUCCAACAUCAAAUCGUAUACCUGUCGGCAAACGGCCACCACCGAAGUGGAAAAGUUGCGGUCGUCGCGAACGAAAAUGGUAGUCUUGGAUGCGUCUUGCCUCCAAGAAGAGACCAAGGCCCAAACGACCAUGAGCGUGGAUGCGGCAUUUGAUUAUGUGGCUUUGGAAGAAGGGCAUCAUACUCCAUUGAAGGAUAAUACAAAAGAUAAUGAUCCAUUGGAGAAUGUGGACUUGACCAAAUCGGUAUCCUUUGUCUUGUCACCGGCUAGUGAUGGCAGCACUACAGCACCACCAAAUGGAAACAAUAACCAAUACUUGUACAUCCGAGAACUAUCGGCACAACAUUUGGAUACUCUGACAGAAGAAUGGUUGCCUUGUGGAAUUGAAGAAGAUGUCAUGGUGACGACAGUCAUUAAGGAUGGAGGCAGCGACUCUGGAUUAAUUGCACUCAGCACCGAAGAGUUGGAGCAGAUUCAAAAGCAAGUCACUGUCAAGGAACGCGCAUUGAAACAGGGAUUAGCGCACGCCGAGUCGUCCAAGACGGCCUUGUACGAGCAACUGGAAAACAAGUCGUCCUUUGGCGGCUCUAGUCAAUUGUUGAAUAUUGAUUUCAAUUCAUUCCCUCAGCUGCAACGUUGUGAUCGACAGUGCGGGGAAUUGAUGGAUGGCUGUUUUGAAGUGUUGAGAGUCUUGUCGAAGGAGAAUACUCAUGCAUUGGCAGAUUUACAAAUGCAGUUCUGGACCACUUGUCUGAUGGCCUUGAACAAGGUCUUGAAAUCGGCCAAGAACUACUACGAGAAGAUUGAACACCACGCGGAUCAAAAUGGCAGUUUGCCCAAGAUCUUUGUAAGUGCCGAUUUGCGGGAGUUGUACCGUGAGUUGCUCGAUGAGAAACGAACUGCUUGGACCGAUGUCUGCAACAAGUACGAACGCGGCAUGUCCAAACGGGCACUCCGAGAGUAUUACACUCGCACCAGCUGGUACGAAUUCAAGAGCCAGUCAAAAACCAAACCAAAUCGUCUGGACGAAAAAUGUUUUGAGCUACUGGAUCAUUUGGUUAACUGGACGGAUACCAUUUUGGGGCGACGCAUGUCGGAUAUUUACAAGACACGAAUUGGUCAAACAAAUCAGGUCUUGGAGCUUCUCCAGAAAGUAGUCGAUCCCUUGACGGAGCAGUAUGAGACAGUGGAACGCUUCUUCUCCUCCGAGCGCAAUGUCUACUUUGCCAAUCUGAGAUCACAAAUUGUGUUGGUCCGAAGCGUCAAGAAGCAAAUGCGAUUGUUGGACCAAGACGAAGUGGAAUCCAUGGUCAUGGGCGUUCUGUUGAUGUGGCGACAAACCAGAAUCAUGCAAAGCCGAAUGGUCCAGUCCCAAGCCAUCCCUCCUUUGCCGCUACAGCUGAAGAAAUGGAUGCUCCAAGACGACAUUGACUCGGACGUGUGGAAGUGGGAUUCUCCACCCGAAACAUCGAUUCCAAUCACUCGACACAUGAACUACCCGCUUGGUGCCGGAGGAAAACGCCGUGCCAUGUGUGUUUUGGCAGGUUUGGUAUACCAAUGGCUUGGCGACCGAUACAAGGAGUGGCAAGCAGAGGUUGCGGAACAAGAGUUGCUGACUGAUUUCGUUGCCGAAACUGAAAAACCAGCCGUAACCAACGGUGAGUCCAAGUCGGCCAAGAAGAAAAAGAAGAAGAGAAAGAAGAGCGGUGCCGUAUCACCAUCAAGACAGCCACUCGAACGAGCCACUUCUACCGCUAGCGCAGACACUGAGUCCGGCGAUGAGAGCUUUACGAAGGCCUUGGAUGAAGCCCUUAAGGGUACCGUGAAAGAAGCAGCUCCCGAGCCGGAAGUCAUUAUAUCGUCUACUGCUCCUGUCGCCGUAAAACCAAUGAAUUGGGCUGAAAUAGAUUCGGAUGAAGAAGAAGGAUUCAUCGUCGUUGGGCAACCAGCUGAGGAACCACCUGUCGCUGUCGCAGAAGCGCCCGUUGAGGAAUCGCCUGUCGAAGAACCAGCUGUGUUGGAACAAACUGUCAAAGAAGCCCCUGUAGAAGAAGCGCCUGUAGAAGAAGCGCCUAUGGAAGAUGCACCUGUCGAGGAACCACCUUUCAAAGAAGAAGAAGAAGAAGAAGGCAUUCCGUUUUCUGAUAUUGAUAACUACCAAUCAGCGGUUCGUAUCCGUGGUCGUCGCAAAGAGAUGAGUGCUAGUGACUUUCUCAUUGCCAGAAUGGAAGAGCUGUUGGCAGGUACUGACGAUGGAAAGAAAGUUGUCAUUGUAUAA